CACGUAGCUAGCAAGGGAUUUUUCUGCCUCUUUUUUUAGGAACCAUGCAUCGCUCAUCCAUCGUUAAAUUCCAGCGCCAAUUUCUCACCCGAGACUCCCAAACCCGGAUGAUGAAUCGUGCUAUUAAACCUUGUGAUGUCUUCAUUAACCAUAGAGGUAUUGACACGAAACGAACAGUAGCUACGUUGCUUUACGAUCACCUUUCUAGGUUAGAACUACGUCCUUUCUUGGACAACAAGAACAUGAAACCAGGUGAUAAGUUGUUUGAGAAUAUCAAUAGAGCAAUUAGGCAAUGUAAGAUAGGUGUAGCUGUGCUCUCUCCUCGUUAUUGUGAGUCAUACUUCUGCCUUCAUGAGCUAGCUCUUAUAAUGGAAUCCAAGAAGAAGGUUAUUCCUAUCUUCUGUGACAUUAAACCCUCGCAACUUCGCAUUGUAAACAAGGGACUGUGCUCCGCAGAGGAAAUACAGAGGUUUAAUUGGGCGCUUGAAGAGACUAAGUACACCGUAGGGCUUACGUUCGACUCCUUGAAAGGGAACUGGUCGGAAGUGGUUACAAGUGCAUCGGAUAUUGUCAUCAGAAGCUUAAUUGAGAUGGAGAAUGAAAGGCAAACUUAUGGCAGAAAGAUUCCCAGCAUCCUACCUCCUAUGGCAUAUUAAUCCAAAACCUUCAUCUUCUUGUUUCCUGGCUUCAAUUAUUUGUUGGAUUCCUGUUAAUAAAUUGUAAAAUGAUCAAUUCGUUUAUUAUUUUUAUUUUUUUUUCACCCUCAGUGAAUUUUACUUGCUUACAGCUUAUGCUUCGUAAUAAAAAUAUCCA